CAUGGUAUAUGCAUGUUGAGUUACGAAUUGGUUUUGGACCGGGAGAGAUCGUCUCGUAUACUCGUUGCAUUUAAACGAGCGCAUAUAUAUAGCGGAUGCAUAUAUAUGCAGAAUACGAGAAAAAGUGUUAUUUCUAAUUUUCCCUAAUUAUUUAUAAUUACGGAAAACUUGCAAGGAGAAUUUAUGACGUGGCUAAAGUGUUAACCACGCUGGGAACUCGAGGAUAAUUUCUUUGUUUUGAUUAUUAUGGGGCGGCUAACAAUUUGGUUCCUGCUGGGACUAACGUUAUUCGCCGUCUCCAAUCAUGUUGGGUUUGUCAAUGCCGAUGUCGGACCGAGCGAAUCAGAAUGUCGACCCUACAUUGAGAAGGCCAUACAUAAUUUGAAAACUGAUGGUGUCAAAGAUGGCUCUGGAGAACUGCAAUCCGAUCAGCCACGUGGGGACGACGAUGAUGAUGAUGAGGACGCGAAAAGUGCCAACGAUUUAGAUGGCGAUGGCAUACCUGAUGACGAGGACGAUGAUAUCGAUGGGGAUGGCAUACCGAACGAUAAGGACGAUGAUAUUGAUGGAGAUGGCAUACCAAACGACGAGGAUGAGGACAUUGAUGGCGAUGGCAUCCCGAAUGAUGAGGACGACGAUAUCGAUGGCGAUGGUGUGCCCAACUCCAAGGACGAGGACAUUGAUGGCGACGGUGUGCCCAACUCAAGGGAUGAAGACAUCGAUGGCGAUGGCAAAGCGAAUCACGAGGACGAUGAUCUAGACGGCGAUGGCACUCCAAAUCAUGAGGACGAAGAUUUAGAUGGUGAUGGUGUUCCAAAUGAGGAGGAUGAUGAUCUGGAUGGUGAUGGCAAAGUCAACCACGAGGAUGAGGAUCUCGAUGGUGAUGGAGUGAAGAAUGAUGAAGAUGAUGACCUCGACGGUGACGGCACGGUUAAUCACGAGGACGAAGAUAUUGAUGGAGAUGGUGUGAAAAACGAAAAGGAUGAAGAUUUGGAUGGUGAUGGCACCAACAAUUCCCAGGAUGAAGAUCUCGAUGGCGAUGGAGUGCCAAAUGAGAAGGAUGAUGAUCUGGAUGGAGAUGGUAUCCUGAACGAGCACGAUGGGGAUGUGGAUGGCGAUGGAGUUCCCAACGAACAUGAUGAUGAGGACAGUGCUGAGGAUGGAAAGGUCAAGAAGCGCAGCAAACGUGAAGUUGACGCUGCCCCUGUUCCAGACAACGAGGCUCCUCCAAGUCCUGCCGAAGAAUUCCCCGUUGAGGAGGAAAUCGUAAAGGAAGAAUCUGCCGAAAUCGAAGAAGAAAAGGAGCAGGAGGAGGAGCAGCAGGCUGAGCCCGAAGUUGAGCAGGUUCAGGAACCGGAAGUAGAGGAAGUCGAACCGGAACCAGUGCAGCAGGAGGAAGAGAAGGCCGAGUCUGAGGAAGAAAAGGAGGAGGAGAAGCCAGCUCCAGUCGAGGAGGCUGAGGAGGAACCUGUACAGCAGGAAACUGCUCCCGAGGAACCAGAAGCCGUCAAAGAAGACGCCGUUGAAUCUGAGGAAACUCAAGAUGAACCUCAGGCCGAUGCUGCUGCUGCUGCCAAGGAAACCGCUGAUGAUGAUGAUGACGAUGAUGACGACACCAAGCCAGAGGACGAACUCCUUUGGGAGGGACAGAUCCCCGAAAACCGUCGCAGUCGUCAGCACAUUUCGGAGCUCCUUCAGCUGGAUGAGGAAUUCAAUGCCCGCGAGAAGGCCACCGAUAAUGUGGCUGAGAUCAUCCUGCGGGACAUUAAGCGCAUCUACGAGAAUGCCGUCAAGCCCCUGGAGACACUGUAUAAGUACCGCGAUUUGAGCAACCGCCACUUCAGCGAUCCUGAGAUCUUCUCCAAGCCCCUGAUCUUGUUCAUGGGACCCUGGUCCGGUGGCAAGUCAUCCAUUCUGAACUACCUCACUGAUAACGAGUACACACCCAACUCUCUGCGUACUGGUGCCGAGCCCUCUCCGGCCUACUUCAACAUUCUGAUGUGGGGCAAUGAGACGGAGGUUCUGGAUGGCACCCAAUUGGCGGCCGACUACACCUUCUCCGGCCUGCAAAAGUUCGGCCAGGGACUGGAGGAGCGCCUGCGGGGACUGAAGAUGAAGAGCAAGAUUCUUGAGAAGGUCAACAUCGUUGAGAUACCCGGCAUUCUAGAGGUGCGCAAGCAAGUGUCCCGAGUCUUUCCCUUCAAUGACGCCUGCCAGUGGUUCAUCGAUCGGGCGGACAUCAUCUUUCUGGUCUACGACCCGGCCAAGUUGGACGUGGGCCCUGAAACGGAGGCAAUUCUCGAUCAGCUGAAGGGACGCGAGUACCAGACGCGCAUCAUCCUCAACAAGGCCGACACUGUCAAGCCAGAGGAGCUGUUGCGCGUCCAGGGUGCCCUCAUCUGGAACAUUUCGCCUCUGAUGUCCUCGGCCCAGCCACCGCUUAUGUACACCACCUCGCUGUGGACUCAUCCCUACCAGGAUGGUGCCCCAGCACGCCUGCUGCUGGCCCAGGAACGCGCCUUCCUGCGGGACCUACGCACGGCCAUUGAUAAGCGUAUCGAGCACAAGAUCUCCAGCGCCCGACGCUUUGCGGUGCGCGUGCGCAACCACGCCAAAAUGGUGGACUGUUACUUGAACACGUACUACAACCACAAGACGCUGUUUGGUAAAAAGCGCAUUGCGGACGAUAUUAUUGACCAUCCGCAGAAUUACCACAUCUACGAGGGCCUGUCCACGCUGACGAACAUCUCGCGUUAUGAUCUGCCCGAUCCGGAAGUAUAUCGCGACUUCUUCCGCCUGAAUCCAUUGUACGAGUUCAAGAAGCUGACGGACACCUGCACUUACUUCCGCGGUUGCCCGAUCACCAAACUGGACCUGGCCAUUGCCUACGAGCUACCCGAGUUGGCCGGAAAGUACAAGAAGAUGUCCGAAUCGGCCUUGGCCAGCAUCGAGGCGCAACAGGAUGAGGCCCAGAACCCGGUUCCGGCCGACCCGAAAAAGACGAGUUGAGAUGUUGGCUCCCAAUGAGGAGAAAACCUGCCAUUUAGUUUGUUUUAAUGAGAGAUAGAGAGAAUGUGACAUCGGCACCGGCAACCGUCUAUAGAGAAUUAAUAUCGAGGGAGACUUGGAGACGAUAAACGGAGGAAGAGAGGGGUUGCACUUACAGGGCAUAGGAGAAAGUUAUUCUAUUCUUCUUAUUUUGUUAAAGUACCCCCCAAAAUCGGUGGAGAACAACAGCGCAAGACCAAACAGAGCCUAUUGUUUGUUUUUUUGAAAGGGAAGAGAGAGAGAGAAUGUGAAACCAGAAGGAGAUAGAGAGCGAUUCAAAGUAGCAACGGUUGCUUUAGCGAAGUUUGAAUUUCAACCGCGUUGCAGGAUAUCUUUAUUUUCAUUUACCAUAAUAAUACACAUGUAACCGAACUGAGAGCUUUAUGAGAGGGAAACUAAUGCAAUAUUGAGAGCAAAAUACACACAGCAUACACCUGUACUUUUUUCCCCCAUUUUAACCGAGUAGAGAGAGGUAGCAUUGAGUCCUUUCUAGGCGAGUAGAACAGCACUUAACCCAUUACUGAGAGCAAUAACUAAUAGACGAACUAUCGACGACUUCUAACCCAUACACAUAGCCCAAACAUUCAGAGAACCCUUCAUUGGCAAGCACCCUGUUAUAAUUCCCAAGUGACAUUUAUUCUUUCUUUCCUCCAGCAGUAGUAGUGAACAACAGAGGAGCGCUUUUUGAUUUUGAGAUCUGAGAUUUGAGUUUUGAGCAAAUGAAAUAUAGCAAAGUUUUGAUUUUUGUUUUUUGGUUUUCAAACCCUGACGAUGCCGUAGUUGAUAAGACUUUUUGAUAAAAGCAAACAGUGAAGACGAUAAUAAAGAAUUUAACUUAUGUAAUCAUGAAUGACUUAGACGCAUGUGAGAUAAAAUGAACUUGUUGACGAGAGCGAGAGCAGCUUAUACACAUAAACUAAACAUAAUCAAUUUUACACACUGAAAGCCUAUGUAAAAUGAACUGUGAGAGCGGGUGAAAUACACAAAUAAAUAAAAACAACAGAAAACCCCAAGCAA